AUGUUUACAGCCGAGAUCGUUUGGAAAGGCCUGGUGUAUACCCUUUUCAUGAUGCUCGGCAAGCUCCUCUGCGGCAUCUGGCUACUUCGACUGCCUGACAAGCUCAAGUGGGUAGUACCAAAAGCCCUACACAAGCACGAACAGAAGAAGGCCAUGGGAAAUGCCACCUUGGAAGCCGAAACUCCCGUGACCGCAAAUUCGUCGGCAGCUACCGAAGACACUUCCGGAGAUACCAGUGAAGAUGCUCCUGGAGCCGGUCUAGGUGAUAUAAGUGCAGAAGUAGCUCGGGGGGCUAAUGGUGAGGCCUCCGAGGAAGCUGCUUCUCGUGCUGGUAGCCACGAUGUCUCCAAGUCCGUUCCAGGGACGAUCAGUACAGAUACGCCUGCCAGAACUGUCCAGAAUACCAUGCCGGCUGGCGUUAAGCCGCGAUCGAUCUACCCUGCCUCCAUUCUUGGCUGCGCCAUGAUGGCCCGGGGCGAGAUUGGUUUUCUAAUAUCGUCCAUUGCUGAAAGCAGAGGAAUAUUUGCCAGCGGGACAGAAACGACGGCUGAUUCGAAGAUCUUCCUCUGUGUUACUUGGGCGAUUCUGCUGUGCACAGUCAUAGGUCCGUUGGCUGUCGGGCUGCUUGUACGAAGGGUGAAGAAGCUGCAGAGGCGCGUAGAGGCGAGUGGUGGCCAAGUAAAAGGUGAUGUUUUGGGCGUUUGGGGGGUUGAAUGA